CCACGUUACAUAGCUAUCCCGUAACCAUACAGUGGUAAUGCAUACUCACUCUCAAUCUACUGUAGUACUCUACACAUUACGAGGAGCGCAUUGCCAUGGAUCAAAACCACAAGCAAGACGAGCAGAGCGAUUUGUUCGCCGGCUUCAGCACAGCAUACAAAUCUUUCGCCACAGAGGCAAUUCACGUCGGUCAGGAGCCGGAGCAAUGGAAAUCGAUGGCUGUAGUACCGCCGAUUUCUCUGUCUACCACAUUCAAACAGUUUGGACCAGGAAAGCACGCCGGCUUUGAAUACAGCCGGAGUGGAAACCCUACAAGAAACUGUCUUGAGAAGGCUGUGGCUGCUUUGGAUGGAGCAAAGUAUUGCAUUGCUGUUGCCUCAGGGCUGGCAGCCACAGUCACCAUCACUCACAUGCUCAAGGUGGGGGAUGGAAUCGUCUGCAUGGAUGACGUGUACGGAGGCACAAACCGCUACUUCCAAAGAAUUGUAUCUGAAAGUGGCCUGGAGGUGACUUUUGCUGACUGUACAAAACCAGAGCUGCUGAAGGCCGCUCUCAAGGCCAACACUAAACUGGUUUGGAUUGAGACGCCCACCAAUCCCACGAUGAAGGUUGUUGACAUCCAGGCCUGUUCUGACGUGGCCCAUGAAUACAACAAAGACAUAGUUGUGGUCGUAGACAACACCUUUAUGUCUGCCUUCUUCCAGCGUCCCUUGGCUUUGGGAGCUGAUAUCUGCAUGUAUUCAGCUACCAAAUACAUGAAUGGGCACAGUGAUGUGGUAAUGGGUCUGGCCUCAAUGAACCGGGACGAUCUGUAUGAGCGACUGAAGUUUCUGCAGAAUGCACUGGGCUGUGUACCAUCUCCCUUCGACUGCUUCCUGUGUAAUCGAGGACUAAAGACGCUACACCUGCGAAUGGAGCGGCACUUCAAGAACGCCAUGGCUGCUGCCAAGUUUCUGGAGGCCGAUCCCAGGGUUGAGCGGGUCAUCUUCCCAGGCCUGCCCUCUCACCCCCAGCAUGAAGUGAUGAAGAAACAAUGCACCGGAUGUCCGGGGAUGAUCACCAUCUACAUUAAGGGCACGCUCGAGCACGCCAGCACCUUCCUCAGUAACCUCAAAUUGUUUGCGAUAGCUGAGAGUCUUGGUGGUUAUGAAAGUUUAGCAGAACAUCCGGCGAUUAUGACCCAUGCAUCAGUGCCAGAAAAAGAGAGGAUUGUUCUGGGGAUCAGUGACACACUCAUCCGACUCUCUGUGGGCCUGGAGGAUGAGGACGACAUCAUUAACGACCUGGAGCAAGCCCUGGCAGCUGCUCAUCCAAAGAAGAAGUGAAAUGUCUGCAGGCUUCCUCGAGGCUGAGGGGGAAAUAAGUCGAAGUCGGGAUGAAACACCGGUGGUUAGCUGAAGAAUCAAAUCAUUGCAAACCAACACUUGGUAUCUCAGAUCAGCGCACAAACGGCAGAGAUUCAACAUUCUUCAGGGAACAACUUGUUCUUUAAAAAUAAAAAUUGUGCUUCUUGUGAAUAAUUAACCUUGUGAAAUAAUUUUCACCUGAUAAUUGUUUAAAUGCCUAAUCUUAUUUGCUGUAUGCUAAAUUUGUUUUGUUUUCAUGUUUGUAUUUGUUCUGUUUGGUUUGGACGGCAUUAAUAGAGUCAUAGUAUCAUUCAGUCAAGACUGUUCAGUAUGACUUUCUGCAGGAAAAAACACAAACAUGGUUUUCUUCAAAAAAGUAAAGGUCUGGAGUGCUUGAAAGUUCAAUCAAGUGUCCCGAAGGUGCUCCAAGGCACUAUUCUUGAAUUAAAAAGUCUUUAAUGAGAUGGCUAUUUCAUGGUGACGUUCUAAAAACAUAGACAAUGCUUGUACAAAGUUCAAAUGGAGCUGAGAGAACAACCCACAUGUAGCGGCUUCAAGGUGUUCACACCCUACAAGCAUUGUCUAUGUGUUUAGUAUUUCACAAUGCCAUCUGAUUUAAAAGCUCUUAAACUUUUGGCCAGAAGAGUUCCUUGGACCUUUCUUCUGUUUUUAAACUGUUCUUUCUUUUUAAUCUAAUAAAACUUGUGCACUUCAGGCUGUAUCCUAGUUUUGAUGUCUCCAAACGUCACUGCCCUUAGUACAACUUUACUCUGUAUUAAUAAUUCUAGCAGGCAUAGUUUCCUAUGUAAAAGAUUGUAUUAAGACGUUCAUUUGCUCUCAUUAGUCAGACUAAACAAACUCAUACGGGUGAAGCUAAUGCCGCCACCUACUGUUCAAAAGUCAGAAAUAUUUUCUCUUUAAAAGAUUUUAGAGGCUUUUUCAAAACCAUUCAAAUCAUUUUAUGAAGAACAAACAACAUCUCCAUUCAAAAUGGAGAAUAAUGUGUGUAUUUGGUUACAGAAUAGUCAUAUGAUUCAUAUUCCAAUAAAUGAGGUAAGCACAUACCUUAUUUGGAGCAGAAUUUCCCAGCAAUGACGAUGAUGAAGGUUUUUUUAUAGUAACAACUCAGGGCUGUUACAGGAGUAUUCAUCCUAAUGUUUCUAAUGAAUUUAUGUGAUGAAACAGUUGAUGUGUUAUUGAACUCAAGUCAAAGAGUCGUGGCCAAAGACAAAAGCAAAUACUUCCCCCAAGUCAGGACUCAUGGUAAAAAUGUUUCAUUCAGGCAUUUCCACUUUCUGCUCUGUAUUCACAUGUAUACAUGCUCAAAUAUACGCUUCAUUUAAUCAUUUCAACCUGGGGCUACUCACGAUCAAUGUCAUUUAUUUAGCCGACAAAUCCAUUAAAAUCCGUUUGCAGUACAA